AUGCUAUCAAGUUUUCUCCCAUGUAAAGUUUAAGAUCAACAGACAUUUUAUUUAACACGUGUAAUUGGUUUUAUGUCUUUCGAUUUUAAACGAACUCAUGUCACAAAGAACAUACAACCAGUUGUGGGCUGAUGCCCAGUCAGAGUUGGCCCAGCUUCUGGCUGCAGAGCUGCCCUCAGAACCUCUUCGUCCAGAGAAAGACAGAGUAGUGUUUUUUCAGCGGCUUGCAGUUCUCUAUGUGCGCUACCUUCAAGUCUUUAGAGACCUAGAGGUAGCUUAUGACCAGGUGGUCCACCCACAGAAGAGAGUAGUUAUUCGAGCAAAUCUUGAUGGUGUAAUAGGAAGACUGUUGGAGUUGAAAAAUGAAAUGGUGGAAAAAGAGUUUUCUGAAUACCAUUAUAUGGAUGAUGUUUUACAUGAUUUAAAACUAACACCAGACGAUCUAGAGAUACCUAUUCCUCGACAUUUUAUAAGUGAAUGCAGCAAAGAUGUAAAAGAACGUAAAAAAAUGGUUGCAAAGAUUCUCAAAACCAUGGAGAUCACUGACGGUCCACAACUUGAUAUGGAUAAAGAAAUGAGUCAGGAAGAUGCUGUGAAGAUCAUUCAAGUUGUGGAGAGAGCACGUCAAGGACGACUCAGGGCAAAGUUGAACCAAGAAAGCAGGAAUAUGAACCGAAUGUACAGGAACAAGGAUCCACAAAUUACAGACAUUGAGUUGGCUGCUGUCUGCAUUCAGAAAGUCUGGAAAGGCUAUCUACAAAGAAAGAGAACAAAGACUGAAAGAGAGCAGGAGGAGAUUCUCCUGGGGAUGGCUCUUGAUCCAAAAUAUUCUGCAACACUUCCUUCAGAAAUCACAGCUCGAGAAAAUGAGGCUCAUACACGGAUAAGACAACAUGAACAUGAGGAAGACUAUCGGAAGUGCAUUGUAGCUAUUACCAAUCAACUGAGAGAUGUUGAAGGGCAUGACAUUAGCCAGACCAUGAAAGACCAAAUCAGACAGUGGUUCUUUGAAUGCCGAGAUGCAACAGGAACAUUUCCAGAUUACCCAGAUGAUGAAGAUGGAGGAUCAGCACUCAUUUUUGUAGAAAAAAGCCCACAACAAUUAAUGGAAGAAAUUGCUGCAAAGGAAGAAGAGGAAGCUAACGCUAAGCCUAAAGGCAAAGAGGAAAAAGGAAAAAAGGACAAGGGAAAGGGCAAGACAGAUGAAGAUGAAGAGGAGGCGGGACUAAAAAUGUUACCGUCAGCUUUUUUGGCUGACUUGGUUGUUGGUAACAAAAUGUUUGAAGAUUAUUGGAAAAGUCGUGAUGAAUCAAAAAACUAUAACCAAAAGCAUGAAGUGGAGCUAAUAAAAGAAGAAAAGAGGAAAGAAAUAGAGGCAGAGAUUCGACUACAGGUAGAUGAGCAGAUGAGACAGGAGCUUGCUGAAUGGAAGUUAUUUGUAGAUAAAGAAAAAGUUGGUAAAGCAAAAGCUAAUGCCAAGAAAAAGAAAGGCUCUAAGAGUGGAAAGAAGAAAAAAAAGGAGAAAGAUCUGACAGCUGAUCGGACUCUUGAUUCUCUGUGUCAGGAGCUGGCAGAACAGGGCAUUUUGAAACAACCAGAUUAUGUCAAGAUCAAAGACUUUUUAGGUGACUACAGCUAUCUUGGAACUACACUGAGGCAAAAUGACAUUGAGCCCAUGCCAUCAUUGUCCGAUGUGCGACAGGUUUUAUCUCUAUAUGCUAUUUUACCUUUAGGUUCUCAGUUUGUCCAUGAAAAAGCUCCUUUGAUAAAAGCCAUCCUGUUGGCUGGCCCAGCAGGUGUAGGCAAAAAGAUGCUGGUCCAUGCUAUCUGUCAGGAAACAGGGGCCAACCUGUUUGAUUUGUCCCCCCUCAAUACUGCAGGAAAGUACCCUGGAAAAAGUGGACUUGCAAUGAUGCUUCACAUGGUCUUCAAGGUAGCACGUUUGCUACAACCAUCUGUUAUUUGGAUUGGUGAUGCAGAAAAGAUGUUUUACAAAAAAGUUCCAAAGGAAGAAAAAGAUCUUGAUCCUAAACGAUUGAAAAAAGACUUGCCUAAGUCUCUGAAGUUAAUCAAAGGGGAAGAUCGAGUGCUUAUUAUUGGAACAACCAAUGAUCCACUCAGUGCUGACAUAAAAGGACUGUGUAAAAUGUACAGCAAAAUCAUUCUUAUUCCCCGACCUGACUAUGGCUCUCGAAUCAUUCUUUGGAAGCAGCUCAUUCAGAAACAUGGAGGCCAACUGAACCCAGCCCUGAAUCUGAGUUCACUCUCAAAAAUUUCUGAUGGCUACACUCCUGGUCACAUAGUUAAGGUGAUUCAGGCAGUUAUUACAAAGAGACGCAUCCUUCAGCUAACCAAAAGACCACUAACUGCUGUGGAGUUUGUUGAGCCGUUAGCCAAACUUGAUCCAGUGUUUCAGGAAGAGGAAGAGGCCCUUAAGAGUUGGUAUGCAAAGACUCCACUUGGCAAGAAACGCAUUAAGGCUGCUACAGGACAGGACGAGGAGGAGGCUCCUGCCAAAUCUGCAAAAGGCAAAGAUACAAAAAAAAAAGGCAAAUAA